AUGCCACCAGCCUUACGUCUUCCACUGAAUGGCAUCGACGUUAAGCCGAAACUGCUGCAGUCUAAGGAUUAUCAGCCACCUUUGCAUAGAAAGAAACCAAAACCUCCUCUUCCACCCCCCAAGAGCACUUCAUGGAAAGAUGCCGAUAGAAGACGUGAAGGUGGUCGACGGCCGUCUAAAGACGAAUUUCUCUUCGAUCUGUUCAAGGACGCUGUUUAUUCUUACGUAAUUGAUCGAGAAGUCUUCACCGAUGGAGUGAUCAAUGAAGCAGUGGAUGUCGCUAUGGAGCAAUGGAGUGACCAGAUUUCCUGGGUGGGCUGUCUUUUACAAUCUAUCGACUCACUGAAUGGAGUCUCCAACUUUCAGGACGAUCUCGAACACCUAAGGGAAGAAAUUUUCGACGAGUUAGGUGUUGUCUACAAGUACUGGAAGCAGGUCGAUCACUCCAACCUCGUCUGGUUCAUCAUUUUCAGAGAUCAAAUCAGGCAGUGGAAGGUAUGGACUUUCACCUACGUUGACUUCCACAAAUAG